AUGUUAGCAUUCAAUGAGAAAAAUCGCGACAAUAGUAACGAGAAAUUAAGCAAAAAGCCGUCGAAUCCAUUCAUGGACUCGAAUACUAAUGAUUUAAUAGAUAUUAAUGAACAGCACUUCGAUCAACAAAACAUGAAUUCAGUACUCAAUACAAAGACCAAUAAUGUGGGCAACAGUAGCUUUUACAAGGACUUGGAUUCGCCCGACGAGUUCAGUACACUUCCGCGCCACUCGAUCGCGUCGGGCGCCACACCUCUGGCCGCCCGCGAGAGUGACUUGGAUUCGCCCGACGAGUUCAGUACACUUCCGCGCCACUCGAUCGCGUCGGGCGCCACACCUCUGGCCGCCCGCGAGAGUGUCAUUCGGGCGCAGAUGACAAUGCGUGAGGAGGACUUCACGUACUCCCAGACGUUCACUAUAUAUAUCGGCACCUGGAAUGUGAACGGACAGAACGUGUCCGCACCUCUCGGCCAGCAUUGGCUCGCAUGUGAUCCCAAUCCGCCCGACAUGUAUGCAAUUGGUUUCCAAGAACUGGAUUUAUCGCGCGAGACGUUUCUCUUCAACGAGACGCCCAAAGAGGAGAUGUGGCUAAAGGCCUGUCGAGAAGCUCUCCACCCGAAGGAGAGCUACGAAUUGGUCCAAUUGGUACGACUCAUAGGAAUGAUGUUAAUUGUAUUCGUCAAAAAAGACUUAAGACAAUACAUUACUAAUAUCUCAUCGGAAAUGGUCGGCACCGGACUUAUGGGACGAAUGGGAAACAAAGGCGGAGUUGCCGUUCGGUUUGAUUUGCACAACUCGUCGGUGUGUUUCGUGAACAGCCAUUUGGCCGCUCACGUCGAGGAGUAUCAG